GAUCUUUUCUUAAUGACAACAAAUACAAUAAUUUCCAUUAAAAAAAAAAGGACUCACCUACUCCUUUAUUUACGCAAAACGGUCACGUGAUUUGAGGUAUCCAUUUAAAAUGCUUAUAGCUUGUGAAUAAAGAAGAAAAACAAAUCCAAAAACAAAAAGCAGGGAGAAUUGAAAUCAAUGGAAAGUAAAAGAGGGGUUUUGAUGUUUGUAAUGGUAGGCUUGAUUAAACAAAUUGUUGGAGUUGGAGAUCAACAAAUAAUUUCUGUCAAAUUGAAUCGCACUUCCUUUCCAAAUAACUUCAUUUUUGGCGUUGCUUCUUCUGCUUACCAGUAUGAGGGAGCAGUGAAGGAGGAUGGUAGAGGUCCUACCAUAUGGGAUACCUAUGCUCAUAACUAUCCAGGUAAAAUAAAGAAUGGUAGCAAUGGAGAUGUUGCCGCAGAUUCAUACCACAAAUAUAAAGAAGAUGUGAAGAUUAUAAAAGAAAUGGGAUUAGAUGCUUAUAGAUUUUCAAUCUCAUGGUCCAGAGUACUACCAAAAGGAAAGCUAAGUGGAGGAGUCAACAGGAAAGGAAUUAGAUACUACAACAAUCUCAUCAAUGAGCUACUAAACAAUGGUCUAAAACCCUUUGUGACUCUGUUACAUGGUGAUCUACCUCAAGCUUUAGAAGAUGAUUAUGGCGGCUUCUUAAGUAGAAACAUCGUAGAUGACUUUAAGGACUACGCGGAAUUAUGCUACAAAGAGUUCGGUGACAGAGUUAAGCAUUGGAUGACAGUAAAUGAACCAUUAUACUAUGACAUUGCUGGUUAUGUAGUCGGAAAUGGACCGCCAGGUCGAUGUUCAAAGUGGCUUAAUCUCAAUUGUACUGGUGGUGAUUCUGGAACUGAGCCUUACAUUGUGGCUCAUAACAUUCUUCUUGCUCAUGCAGCUGCUGUCAACUUGUACAAACAAAUAUAUCAGGCAUCUCAAAAGGGAAAGGUUGGGAUUGUCUUAGCUGCAAAUUGGAAUGUGCCAUUAUCCAAUUCUGUACAAGAUCGCAAUGCUACUCAACGAGCACUCGAUUUCACAAUUGGAUGGUUUAUGGAACCUCUAACAAGCGGGAAAUAUCCAAGUAUUAUGAGGUCUAUAGUGAAUGACAGAUUGCCAAAGUUCACAAGAAUAGAGUCGAUGAUGAUAAAAGGGUCGUAUGAUUUCGUAGGGCUAAAUUAUUAUUCAACUUCAUAUGCAGCAGAUUCUGCCCCAUCAUCACUUAAUGCAUCAAGAUUCAGCUACCUUUCUGAUUGGCAUGCUAUCUUUACAAAUGAACGAAAUGGAAUUCUUAUUGGGCCAAAGGGUGUGGCGGAAGGGAUCAACAUUUAUCCAAAAGGAAUAAGGAAUCUUUUACUAUACAUGAAAAAGAAAUAUAACCCACAAUUAAUAUACAUCACUGAGAACGGUAUUGGUGAGCUAAACAAUUCCUCAUUAUCCCUUAAAGAGGCCUUGGUUGACACAACAAGGAUAGAUUUUCACUACAAGCAUUUGUAUUUCCUAAGAGAAGCAAUUCGGAAUGGUGUUAAUGUCGGCGGAUAUUUUGCAUGGUCAUUGUUAGACAAUUUCGAAUGGGGUGCAGGUUACACAAUUAGAUACGGCUUAAACUUCGUGGAUUUUCAGAAUGGAACGAAGAGAUAUCCUAAAAGCUCCGCAUUGUGGUUCAAGCAUUUUUUGGGAAAGUGAAAUCAAUGGCUUUCAAAUCCUAUUGUUUUGUUUUAUUAAAGUAGGUCGAGAGAAAAUAAGGCUCAGUAAGAAUCAAAUUUUAAAUUUUAUAUAUUUGGAAAAAGCAUUAUUUGCUUUAGUUUAGAUAAGAUUUAAUUAUCAAUUGUUAUAUUCUUUAUUUAUGCAAUUAUAGAGUUUUUAAUACUUAUGCAUGUUUUAA